UUAAUCGCCGUCAUAGCGCUCUGACGCGAUGUUUAGGUGAGAACGCAGAGAACAACGUCUGUACAUCAGCCUCCGCCCAUCGCGUGCUUCCACACAACCGACCGUGCCUCUGAUGCGUGACCUGUUGACGAUCGUGCGGUGCGCGGUGCUGCGCUUCUGGAGCUGCCAAAAUGGACAAUUAAACAAUCGACCUCAACAUGCCUACCACUUAUGGAAGUAAGGGAAAACUUGCAAGUGUUUGUUUCAUGCUUCAGCACGCAUCCCAGGACAUGACCCAGUCCUGGCCUUACCAGCAGCCCGCAGGGGAAGGGAGCAACCAGCAUUUGCUGUACUCGCACUCAAAGGAGGGAAAACUGCCCAAUUCACGACACAGACAUGUGAGGGAUGGUGUCUCUAUGAGGAUGCCCUCACGUCCACUCGUGGCCCCUCAUAAAUCCAUGCUCGCUGAUGACCUGAAGCUCAGCAGUGACGAAGAUGACAAGGACGAGGGAAGUGAGCAAACAACUUCCUGGGCCGAUAAUGACCGCUUGUCAGGCCAGCAGCAGCACCACGCACAUAUUGGAAGGGUGAGACAUUCUAGCUCAGGGUCUUCAGGAUCAAACCCCUCCAGCGAGUGGGAAAGCAGUAGCCAGCGAUCACGUAGCCCGAGCCCAGGAACGCACGCCCGGUGUGGGACACCGACCCAACAGCGGACCCUAAACUGCAGCAUAGAGACGGAGAGUCCACCAUCCAUACAGUGGCAACUGGACAGGUGGCUUGAGAAAGUUCCUAAAAAGCAUCGGUCAACUGACCACGACCCAGGAGGGGGACAGCGACGGAGUGCAAAAUCUGACAGUGGCCGAGGACCAUCACCUGGAAGAUACUGGGGUAGAGACUCUGAGUCAAAUUAUAGUCCUUGUGAAAGUCCGGUCCCAAGUCCAAAAUUUGACUACAGCCCCAGAAACAGUCCUCGUCCCAGCCCAGAAUACAGUCCAUGCCCCAGUCCAGGAAUUAGCCUUGUGCCAAGCCCACUGCCAAGUGUGUGCCCAAGUCCAGGAGACAGCCUCCGAGGGAGUCGAAGUCCAAGCCCUUUAUUUCCGCAUCCUCCCAGAAGCCCCAGUCCAAAUUUCUCAUCCACCACAGUACUUAUCCAAGGUACAUAUCCUCAGGUACAGUCACCUCAACAGGAAAGUCCCAGGCAUAUUGCACAUCCAACAGUUGCCUCCAAUCCAGCACAUCGUCCCAAAGUCAGGCCAUGGGUGCCUCCGGACCAUAGCUCCAACCAGAGAAAGGAAUUUAGACCCAAAGACUCUCAAUCCAGAGACUCUCAAUCCAGAGACUCUCGAUCCAGAGACUCUCGAUCCAAAGACUCUCGAUCCAAAGACUCUAGACCUGGUCCUCCUCAACAACCCCAUCAUUCCAAACACAGCUUAACAGAAAAGUCACACAAAGAUCUCACACACAAGCCUAAAUCCAAAAACUCUGAAUCCACAAGCAAGCAAAGGUUUAACUCUCCUUCGAACCCAAUUACAAAGCAUUCAUUGAAGAAAAGACCACGCAUUAGCCCAAAACCACAAGCCAGGCUCUCAUCUACAACUGACCAUAGUAUUGAACAUAAUCACAGAAACAAUGAACCUACAGGAGCGUCAAACCAGAGUUCAACCUCCAAAUCGGGCCGCUCAUCUUAUUUCAAUACUUUAAAGAGCUCAGACCGUGGUCCUUCAUCAAAGUCCAGGGACUCGGCCCAAAUCGAACUCAACAAUCAAUCUAGUCACAGCUCUAAGACUAAAUCUUUCCCAGAUACCAAGCAAUCCAGAUCUAAACAGACUACCCAACCGCGUUCCAGCCCAAAGCCCAGGGUCAAACUAGGAGACACCCCGGUGCCCAAAACCGGGCACUCCCAAAAAGAGCCAAAGCCUAGAGAGAGAGAGAGGGAAGUGGACAGCCGAGGUAAGGCCCAGGGAGUGACCCUGGUGCCGACUGGCAAGGAGCAGAGACAAAGAAUACUGGCGGAAGAGCAGGUAAUAAGGCGCCGCUGGGUUCGGAGUUCUGAGGAAGAGGAAGACGAGGAAGAUAGGAGAACUGAGGAAGGGGAAAGAGAAAGGAAACGGAGAAAGAGGAGGGAGCAGGAAGCUGAAUGGGAGGCGGUCCAGCCCAAGCAAAGACCUCACACCAUCAGCCAGCAUCACGCUCAACAGGGAUGCAACGGACUCAACCUUGAGGAGCAGAGGAGGAAGAAGAGAAGGUGGAGCAACGAGGACAUUUCCUCACAUCCUCAUGUGAUAGACUCUAGCCCUUCUCCUCCACUCUCUCCACCUUCGCCUACUCCUGUCGUCAAGCCCACUCGUCCAUCAUCUUCCUCGUCCUCAUCCUCCUUACCGUCCUCAUCGUCUUCCUCUGAAUCAGACUCUGAGUCCAGUCCACCCCGGAACGUUACCAAAGUCCCUGCAGAUUCAACAUCAACUCAAAAAACAAUUUCAAAGCGGAGGCAUGACAAACAGGGUUCAGGCACUGGUGCUCACCCCCACGGCUCGAGCUUAAGCACCCCUGAGACAGAUACACAAGUCCGGGGCAGGCACAAACUCUACACACUGGUUCCUUUCGGACGAUCUGAGAAGUCUCCCACCGUCCCACAUCGAGGCCUGAAAAAACUUGUUGUGAGGAUAGACCUCUCGCUUCUGGGUAGAGUCCCUAGUGCAGAUGAGAUUACUGAGAGACAGUCCUCAUCUUUAUCUUUGUCAUCGGGAAAGGCAAAAGAAAAGACAUCAAUGAAGCAGCUGCACCACUCUGACCAACUGCCUGGAGAUGGCAGAAGCAAAAGAAAAGCUGAGAAUGGAGAUGCUCAAAGAGAAAAUAAGAGAAAUCACUCUCGUGCAGAUAGACUUCCAACGUCAGUCCAUAAUGAGACUGAGGAAACCUGCGCUGACAACAAACAAAACGGAUGUCAGGACGAUUACUUUUACUCCAAGAGGCCAGUGUCCCCAUUGUCUCCUCCAUCUGACAUAUUAGAGCUCUCAAAGUCCUCUGUGAAAGCUCAGCAUGCAGAGAAGUACCACACACCUCCAGAAAAAAACGAUUCAACAGCACAGAAAACACAGGUCCAGAAGACGCAGCCCAAGGUAGAGGUGGAGUGCGUAGGGGUGUCAGGACACCUACAGCCUCUCUCUGGAUCUCGGGUUCCUCCCCCAAACCUUCCUCUUCACUACAGAGGAACCGUACCUAUCAGUGAUGUCUCUCAUCAUGCUGAGUACUACAUGCAUGAGGCCAAGAGGUUGAAACAUCGAGCAGACGGAAUGGUGGAUAAGUUAGGAAAAGCUGUGAAUUAUGUGGAUGCUGCUUUGUCCUUCAUGGAGUGUGGUAAAGCCAUGGAAGAGGGACCACUGGAGUCCAAGUCUCCCUACACCAUGUAUGCUGAAACUGUGGAGCUCAUAAGAUACGCUAUGAGACUUAAGAGUCAUGCAGGCCCUGGAGCCAGCCAAGAAGACAAACAGCUGGCUGUACUGUGUUUCCGCUGUCUUGCUCUUCUUUAUUGGCAAAUGUUCAGACUUAAAAAGGACCACGCUCUGAAAUACUCUAAAGUCCUGCUGGACUACUUCAAGAGUUCUCCAAAAGGACCUCACAAACCCCUUUGGAACGAUGCUGGAAAGGGAACUGUACCUCCUGCCUCUAUUUGUUCUGUCAAUAUAAUGGGAUCUCACACAGGCAGCUCACCCAGCAGUGUCAUCAGCAUUCCCCAUCGUAUCCACCAGAUGGCAGCAAAUCACCUCAACAUCACCAACAGUGUCCUGUACAGUUAUGAGUACUGGGAGGUGGCUGACACCCUGGCCAAGGAAAAUAAGGAAUUUUUCAACUAUCUGAACACACUGACUGGACCCUUGACUCUGCAUAGCAGUAUGGCUCAUAUCGUCCAAUACACCAGGCAAGGACUGCAGUGGAUCCGGAUCACUGCUAAUCUAUCAUAAUGUCAUGUACAGACAUUCUCAAACUCCACAAAUCACAUGUGGAAACAAUGUUAUGAAGCCAAAUUAGCAAACGAUUUUACAGUUCCUGCACUCUGUGACCAAGGUUUUUCUUUUAUUUUGGGCCAGGACUAUUGUUAGGCCCAGACCAAAAAUUGUCUGCCAUAGGUUAAUGAUAAGUCAUGUGGCAUCAUGUUAUCAAAUGUGACCCUGGACCACAAAACCAGUCAACAGGGGCAAUUUCUUAAAAUUGAGAUGUAUACAUCAUCUGAAAUCUGAAUAAAUAAGUUUUCCAUUGAUGUAUGGCUUGUUAGGAUAAGACAAUAUUUGGCAGAGAUACAGCUUUUUGAAAAUCUGGAAUCUGAGGGUGCAAAAAAAUGUGAAAAUUGAGAAAAUCGCCUUUAAUUAAACUUGUCCAUUUAUAUCUUCGAUUUUGCUGCAUUCACUCACAAAAAUAAUUUUUAUAUAUAUUUUCGGUAGUAAAUUUACAAAAUAUAUUCAUGGAAUAUAAUCUUUACUUAAUAUCCUAAUGACUUUUGACAUAAAAGAAAAAUUGAUAAUUUUGACCCAUACAAUGUAUUGUUAGCUUUUGCCACAAAUACCCGUGCUACUUGUGGCUGGUUUUGUGGUCCAGGGUCACAUAUGGUAUUUAGAAGCAAACAUGCCUAUGUUACUUCAUUCUACUGAGCAUUAAAUGUCAUAAUAUCCAAGGAUACAGUGUCAUGUCAUGUAAUCAUGUUUUCUUUUAUGCAAUUAAGACUUGCAGGUCCAAUUGAAAUAGCCUUGGUCAUUCAAUUCUUAGCACUUCUUUAAAAAUGCUAACCUUAUUGAAAGUUUUGAGAAGGAACCAUUGUCGGCAAUUUUUAUCAAAUGCUGCUUUUCCAAAAUGUGCCACAUUUUUAUAUCAGAAAUAAUUCAAAAUCUUUUUUAUUUUCUGUAUGUAAUUAUGACGAAAACUCUUUACUGGAUUACAAUUAUUUUUUGGGUGUUGCAUCCAUCCAACGUUCAUUAAAACCUGUUUGUUUGUUUUUUUAUUUUUACAUGAGCCUUCCAUAACUUCUUAUGUCAAAGUCAGUGCAUGCACAAAGUCUUUAAGAUCUGCGGAUGUGAUUCUUUUUUUCUUCUUCUUUUUUUAUGAAGUUCUUUGUGCAAUAAGUCAGAAUUUUUUACAUGUGUCAUGUAAACUUUUGGUGCUGUUUUUCAAUAGCCAGCAUAAAGUCAUGUCGGUCUAUGCAAGACUAUUUAUGGCAAUGUGAAAUUCUUGUAAAGUUUAAACUGUAAGAAUGAAAAACAUAAUCAGGACUUUUGUAAUUAAAGUGUUUUUACUGUAGAGUGUA